CCCGACCGGGGAGCGGAUAGCUAUCUGGGUACUUAAGCUAACCCCCUGUAGUUGCUAAAAUUAUUAUGGGGACCCAAAGCUAAUCCCAUUUAGUGCACUAAUGCUACUACCAACAUUUUUCCCUAUCGAAAACGACACUAACGAGAGCUUAGCCUUGUGCCUUAUUCAGAAAUUAUUUUGAACUUGCCAUCAUAGUUCUCCCUUCCCAUCAACAACCCAAAUCCCAUCGCCCACCAUGUCCGAAGAACGCGAAAUCGAGCCAGCCCAAUCCACAGAGGUCGCCGCGCCGGCACCCAAAAAAGUCAAAAAGAUAAUCCGCAAAAAGCGACCCGCGAGACCACAAGUCGAUUCCUCCUUCAUAACCUCCGAGCCGCCCCCCCAAACCGGUACCAUCUUCAACAUCUGGUACAACAAAUGGUCGGGCGGUGACCGGGAAGACAAAUACCUCUCCAAAACCCACGCCAAGGGGCGCUGCAACAUCGCCAAAGAUAGCGGUUUCACACGAGCCGACAAAGUGCCCGGAUCCUACUUCUGCCUCUUCUUCGCGCGCGGCAUAUGCCCCAAAGGUCAAGACUGCGAGUACCUGCACCGCCUGCCCGGAAUCCACGACCUAUUCAACCCGAACGUCGAUUGUUUCGGGCGCGACAAGCACUCGGAUUACCGCGACGAUAUGGGCGGUGUCGGGAGUUUCAUGCGGCAGAAUCGUACAAUCUACGUCGGACGGAUCCACGUCACCGACGACAUCGAAGAAAUCGUAGCGCGCCAUUUCGCAGAAUGGGGACAAGUGGAACGGAUCCGCGUGUUGAAUACUCGCGGGGUGGCGUUUAUCACGUAUACGAACGAGGCGAACGCACAGUUCGCUAAGGAAGCUAUGGCGCAUCAGUCUUUGGAUCAUGAGGAGAUUCUGAAUGUUAGGUGGGCUACUGCGGAUCCGAAUCCUAUGGCCCAGGCUAGGGAGGCGAGACGGAUUGAGGAGCAGGCUGCGGAGGCUAUUCGACGAGCACUACCCGAGGCGUUUGUGGCGGAGAUCGAGGGUAGGGAUCCGGAGGCUAGGAAACGGCGGAAGAUUGAGAGUAGUUUUGGUUUGGAGGGAUAUGAAGCUCCGGAUGAUAUUUACUUCGCGCGUGGCGCACAGGCAGUGAACCCCGUGGGAAGGCAAGGAUACGAGUUAGAGCAAGAACAACGGUUGAUGAUUGAGAAUGGUGAAGUGGGUGGUGGCGAUGGAAGUACGUCCGCUCCGUUGGCGAUGGAAGCACCGCAACAAUUUGAACAACAAGGUGGCAUAUUUUCGAGCAGUACUUUAGCUGCGUUAAAGACAGCGAAAAUAUCAACAGCACCUAAAGCAAAAGCAACAUCGUCGGGACCGUUAGUAGCGUACGGGAGCGAUAGUGAAGAUGACGAAUAAUGGACUUCAUCACAAAAUUGUAUCAUAUCUCAGGCGUUAAAAGAGGAAUUGUAUAUACAAAACAACGCGCAACCACAUAGAUACCAUUGCU